AUGACUAUACGCGAUCCUCAACUUUCCCGAGCUCUCAACUGGGUGUGGAAGGGUUGGCCAGAUGACAAAGGUCCAGAUGAGUUCAAGACAUUCUGGUCGAAACGCUAUGAGUUAUCUGCUCAUAAGAACUGCCUCUUGUGGCGAAACAGAGUAAUAAUUCCCAAAGAGGGUCAACAGCAAGUGUUAGACAAGCUCCAUCUGGGUCAUCCAGGGAUUGGACACAUAAAAGCCCUUUCUCGGUCGUACGUAUGGUGGCCGAAGCUCGAUGAGGACAUCGAACAGUGUGUCAAGAGUUGCACCGAAUGCCAAUCCACGAGGCAUGCACCACCAGGUGCGCCGAUACAUUCUUGGGAGGUUCCACACUCUCCAUGGUCUCGUCUUCACGUGGACUUUGCUGGUCCAUUCUAUGGACAAUCAUUCCUCCUAGUAGUUGACGCCUACUCAAAGUGGCUAGAGGUAAAGCUCAUGCCAUCUACAUCUGCCGAAGCUACUGUCAACGCACUACGGGAGAUCUUCGUUACGCACGGCAUUCCAGAUGUUGUGGUCGGCGACAACGGACCUCAGUUCACACCUGCUCACUUCCAAACAUUCCUUCGAAGAAACGCUAUAAGGCAAAUUCUCGUGGCUCCCUAUCACGCUGCAAGCAACGGACAGGCAGAACGAAUGGUACAAACAAUGAAGCACACAAUGAAACGUAUUGUACAUGGCAGCUGGCAGCAACGACUUGCUCGUUUCCUCUUGCAUCAGCAUACCACUUCAAACUCAUCAACAGGUUUUAGUCCAGCCGAACUCCUUAUGCGACGCAGGUUGAAGACUUGUCUGGACAGAUUGCAUCCCGACGGAAUAAGUAAUCGGCAGAAGGUACAGGAAAAGCAGGCUCCCAGACCAGCCGUAAGGACCUUUAAAGACUGUGACCCAGUGUAUGUGCGAAACUAA